AUGUUAUGUCCAAAAAAUGGACUUGAAGUACAAAAUAAAACUUCCAAUAUAACUAUCGGAAAUGAUUAUUUGAUGAUUUUGGUAAUUAAUAAGCCAUAUUUUAAAAAUGUGGAUUUUCCAAAACUUAAUGGAUGCCCAGACAUUUUUAAAAAUAAAGGAGAUCCAAAGAAUAAAUACACUAAAAAAGUUACUGCCAAAGUAUUUGGAUGUGGCGAUGUUCCAAUGACUAGUAAUUUACAAGGAAGAUACGAAGGCGAGUAUAUGCAGUUCAUAACAGUGGAAAGUAGUUAUGGUCCAGAUGCUUUCAAACUAAAUUGGACCCCUAGAAAGAUCGAAGGUAAAUGGGAGAAAUUUGUAUUUCCUGAGAGAGGUAAAAAGAUGCCGUGUAAAGGUGAUUUAGGCGCACCAUUGAUCACUGAUAAAAAUUCUGUAAUCGCAAUUUUCACGGAUGUUUUUCAUAUUAUAAAAAAUCACAAGUGCGAAUAUGAAUUUCUAUGCGGUUGCAAUAAAAUGCAAACUAUUUAUUCCUACCUACAUUAUCAUAAAGAAUGGAUACUAAAAAAAACUGAAUAUAAAGCUCGUUACGAUAAUUGUUCAGCCAAAAUUGAGAAAUUAUUAGAAAAGACAUCUGAAAAAAAUCAAAUCAUCCAACUCCAAUCAAACAAACCAGAACCGUCUAUUGAUAGUAGUUCAUAUGACUACAAUGAACAGCAAUCGUUUUCAAAAGAAAUUAUUGUAUCAACAAAAAUUUACAAGUCAUUUGUUAAUAUUAAUUAUAGCAAUUUGGGUAAUGUGAUCUAUAAAACUAAAAAAUCAUCAUGGUGCUUCAUUUAUAUGGCCACAACUUUGUGGAUAAUACACAAUAAUUUAAUUUUUAUUUCAACCAUUAGAUAA